AUGACUGGUGAAAAGUCGAUGGGGAUCGACUUCACCGCCUUUCUGCUGCAUCUCUUGGGUUUCGACGACCCGGACCGUAUCAUCCAUCGACGAAAGGAGCUGCAGUUCGAGAUGUGCGCCUCGAAUGUCGGCGCGAGGAUCGACGUCUGCGUGGAGGGGAGAUCGCGGGAAUGCAUCUUCCUCGUCCAGCAUGCCACCAACACCAUGAUCGACCCAGAGCCCCAACUAAUCGCAGGAGCCAUCGCUGCAUUCACCCAAACCAGCCUGGGCCGCAUCGCCUCUGGCCUACCUCCUCUACGAGAAAAGGUGAUCCCCGGCGUUACCAUGUGUGGAACGACGCCCACCUUUUUCACAAUCCCAAUCACCCUUGAACUAGUGGAUGGAGUGGCGUCGGGGAUUAGGCCGGAACGGGUCACCGUCGUUCAUCGAUGUGUUCCUCCCGUUGCGAGACCGGCUACGGCGCCAGCUGUCAUCUUCCAGAUCCCUAUCAUGACCAGCGUAACGCACUUGUUUCCAGCCUUCCCUCCUGAAAUCUCCAGUAUCAUCGUCGAAUUUGCAGAAGAGCGUCCCGCACUCUGCGCUUUAGCUCUUUCUUGCUCCUUCCUACGUGCUGAAGCGCAGCGGGUGCUCUUCCGUGCCGUGAGCGACGAUUACGACGGCACGACCCACUACCACUUUCUCUCUACCCUCAUUGAAUACCCGCAUCUCGGAGGGCUUGUCCUUGAAUACGCCGGGCAUUCAAUUGCACAUACGCAACCUGGUUCCUUUCCUGACAUCUUAAGGCGUGCUCUUCCGCUCAUGGGGAAUUUACAAGACCUCGCUUUUACGCACGAAGGUGCUUUUCCUGACGACCCAGAGGAGGUUCUCCCACCGGGGCUCCCUUUCCAACUCACAGGUUUCACGUGGGCACAUGAAUUUGGAGAGGCCCAUGUGUGGCAUUUCGUGCAAAUGCAGACCAAAUUGGAAUCACUUGAAUGGUACCCGACCAAAGUAUGGGGCGCACCGCCGCACUACCCCGACUUACGCUUUCUGAAGGGGAACUGCUUCACCGUCCAGAUGUUUCUUCCGGGUCAUUCCAUUGAAGACCUGCGAUUCUCCCUUGAAGACGAACCCACAGAGGAGCCAGAUGCACGGCUCCUUCCAGGCAAUGACAUUGAUUCCGUCGCCGAAGAGCUUGGGCAAGUUACGAGAUUUGAACUCACUGACAGCGUGCUGGCCGCUGGCCGCGGAUCUGAGUCUCAAGCGCUCCUGAAGCAUCUCACAUCUGUUCGUAUCCUCGAUGUGGUACCUCUGUAUGAAGGAGAUUUGGAGGUAAUACGACGCCUCCCUAAUCUCGAAAUUUUGGUCCUUACACUUGAUGAUGACGAAGACAUCGAGCUGCCAGUGUGGAGUUGCCCUCUCGAAACCGACCGCAACGCCACCAUAAACACGUUAUUUUCGACCUGUCACACCCUCAAGUGCCUCUAUAUCACCAAGAGUGCUCUCAACGUCUCUGAUGAAUCCUGCGAAGAGUAUGAAAUAUGGAUUGAAGGCAAGAAACAGAGCAAAACUUUGUCGCAUGACCAAGUGGACGAUAUACUUUGCGAUUACCCUGACGUGGAGCUGUGCCCUGCCUGA